UUUCGAAUUGCGGUUGUGCCCAUUGAUGACGUCACAGAACGUGAGUUCGUGGCUGUCUUGGGCAAAGAAUCCGAUUGUCUAACAACUAGGGAAUCAUGUCACGCAAAUGUCGUUAGUGCUGCUAUCUGUUUUUAAGGAGCAACGAAAAGGUGUAAAAGGACUCAUAGUUUGAUUUGCCUCAGUGGUCUAAAAUGGCUUCCUUAUUUAAGAAGAAGACGGUAGAUGACAUCAUGAAAGAUCAGCAUAAGGAGCUGCUGCGCACGCAGAGACAGAUCAGCAGAGAUCGAGGGGCACUGGAAAGACAGGAGAAGCAAAUGGAGCUAGAAAUCAAGAAAAUGGCCAAGACCGGUAACAAGGAGGCCUGCAAAAUCCUCGCCAAGCAGCUGGUCCAGUUGAGGAAGCAGAAGAACCGAACCUAUGCUGUCAGUUCUAAGGUCACGUCCAUGUCUACGCAGACCAAGGUCCUAAAUUCUCAGAUGAAGAUGGCAGGAGUUAUGUCUACGACAGCCAAAACUAUGCAGACAGUCAAUAAGAAAAUGGACCCAAGUAAGACCUUGCAGACAAUGCAGGAAUUCCAGAAGGAAAACCAGAAGAUGGAGAUGACAGAAGAAAUGAUCAAUAAUACCCUGGAUGAGAUUUUUGAUGAGUCCAGUGAUGAAGAGGAAUCUCAGGAGAUCGUGAACCAAGUGCUGGAUGAAAUUGGAAUCGAGAUCUCAGGAAAGCUGGCAAGGGCUCCCUCUGCUGGACACAACGUUCCACUCCCUUCCACCUCCAAUGUACUUCCUAUUUCAGAUGAGGACAUCGAGAGGCAGCUCAAGACCCUUGGAAUGGACUAAACGCCACCUGCCCAAGUCACUUCUUGGUGACUAAGCGUGGAGUGUAAAAUCUAAUUGAUUGUUUUUGCUUCAGGGACCUAAUUUUUUAUAAUUUUUUUCUUUUUUUAGGUUUCCUCAACAUAUUGACUCAAGAUAGUUAUUGAAAGACUUUCCUAACUACAUGGAAAACUACUUUUCUGUUGGCUCAGGCAAAGAUGGUUGAUACUCAGAAAAAGGGAACUGGAAUUACAGACAUUUGGAAUGGAGUUCAUUGUACUUUGUAAAAAGUACAGAUUAACGGUGUCCAAGUGGUUCUUCCUCCAAGUGGUAGGUUAUUAUAGAGAGAAACAUGAAUCAUGUUUGAUUGGAGUUUUUCAUUGGAGAUCCGGAAUUCCAGUUAUGCAUUUUCAAAUUUUAAUAGUCUUGUACUAGACUGCAUGAAUAUAAAAUAGGUUAGGAUUAUACUGUAGAUUAUACUGUAAAUUUGGUCCAUGGGGACUGGGGAAUUUUAUUUAAUAAAAUGUCUGGGAUCCAUACUAUGAAGGCUGGUGAAGUUUUUUGGAUAUUAUUUUUGUUUGAUUAUUUAUGCUGUAUACUUUUCUAUCAGCACCACUGAAAAAUCUUUACCUUUACUAUGCAGUUCCCAGUGAUUACUCAUUAAAGCACUGUAUAGUAAAUGAAACACGUGUGUAUUUUUAACUGUGACUGGGACUGUGACUGACACUGGAAGUGGAAGAAACAAGAAGAAUUUAAACAGCUUUUUCUGUUUCAGUAUGGAAAUGCAGACGCACCCUCUUUAAUUUCAUUGUUAAUUAUUAAACUAAAUUAGGACAAAUAAAAAGUGCAAUUUUUAUGAACA